UCUGGCUAUAAAUAUGUGAGACCUGAGUUAGAUCUUUCAGUAAGAGUAAAAUAAAUGGAAGAAAGUUAAUCUGUUCUUGGGAUCAGAUACUGUAACUGAGAACCUGCUGUUCAGAAAUAUUUCUCCCAGAGGACAAACCACAACUUAAACCUAAUAAUGGGCUCAGCUGUCAUCUUUGGUAUGGUGGUAAUGGUUGCUGGUCUUAAUGUGACUCUUUCUGCAAAUGCAACAAAUCAACCUCAGACACUAUCCAGAGGAUGGGGAGAUGGCAUCAUUUGGGUUCAAACCUUAGAAGAAGGUCUAUAUAAAGCAAUGGCAAGUCAGAAGCCUCUGAUGGUGAUUCACCACCUAGAAGACUGUCAAUACAGCCAAGCACUGAAAAAAGCCUUUGCAGCUGAUCAACACAUACAGAAGAUGGCAGCAGAAGAUUUCAUCAUGCUAAAUCUUUUACAUGAAACAUCAGACAAGAACCUGGCCCCAGAUGGUUAUUAUGUUCCUAGGAUUAUCUUCAUUGAUCCUUCUUAUAUUGUUAGGGCAGAUAUUGCUGGAAGAUAUAACAACAGACUAUAUGCAUAUGAACCAGAAGACAUAUACUUAUUAAAACAAAAUAUGAAGGCUGCAAAGAAACUUCUUCACACUGAACUAUGAAAAACUGAACUUUGGAUUCUGCAACUUCUGUGAGGUCAACAUGUCAGCAUUGCAGAAGACUGUCUAAUAAAGUCAAACCUGAUUUGCACACAAAUAUUA